AUGGCUAACGACAAAGACUUUGAUGUCUUGGAGAAGAUCGGACAGGGUUCAUUUGGAAUCAUUCGAAAGGUAAGACGCAAGAACAACGGAGAGGUUUUGUGCCGUAAAGAGAUAUCGUACACGCGCAUGUCGGAUCGGGAAAAGGACCAAUUGCACUCGGAGCUCAAGAUCUUGGAGUCGCUACGGCAUCCAAAUAUUGUGCAAUACUGUCACCGAGAGCACUUGAAGUCGUCGCACGAUUUGCAUUUGUAUAUGGAGUACUGCGGCAAUGGAGAUCUGGGAGGGUACAUCAGAAAGUUGAAGGAGCGGAACCGAAUGGCUGAGGAGGACUUCAUCUGGACUAUCUUCGCCCAGCUAGUGAGCGCCUUCAAACAAGGACAACAAGGACACACUGUCAUCUUGCAUCGUGAUCUGAAGCCCGAGAACGUCUUCCUCGGAGAGAACAACAGCGUCAAGCUCGGCGACUUUGGUCUCUCGAAGAUCAUCGCCUCCCACGAUUUCGCCAGCACCUACGUCGGCACCCCAUUCUACAUGUCACCAGAGAUUUGCGCCGCUGAGAAGUAUUCGCAUCACUCUGAUAUAUGGUCAUUAGGCUGCAUCAUAUAUGAGCUUGCUUCUCGUCGAGUUCCCUUCGAAGCUCGGAGCCACAUGGAACUCGUGCUAAAGAUCAAGAAUGGUCGCUUGACUCCUCUUCCCUCACAAUACAGUCAGGACCUCUGGGACGCCAUCUCCUGGUGUCUCAAGACCAACCCCCUUCAACGCCCCGACUGUGCUCAGCUGCUCUCCUUCGCCAACAUCAAAGUCGCCCGCACUCGCCUC